AUGCCAUUAACAAUAAAUGAUUUACAAAUCCGAAGUAAGAAUGUUCAUGAUUCAAGUGAUUUGUCGAGUGAAACAUGUGAAAAAUUUUUUCAAAUCUGGUCUCAUAAAGCAGCUAAUAUAUCCAACGAUUUAAUUGAAUAUACAAUACGACAUAGACAACUUGAUCGUCUUCGUUUUCUACUUCAAACGCGUAAUGAGCUUUCUCAGCGACAAAAUGUUUCACCUAUUUGUCAAAUAUUAACACACACUGGAGAUGAUUUACGACGAAUAAAUGAGCAUAUACGUCGAUUUUGUUUAAGUACAAGAAAUCUUUAUCGACAUUUACGUUCAGAUUCACGUAUAUAUCCUAAAAUGUCGAUUGCAUUAGAUGAAGGUAUCAUAAUGAAAAUUUGUCGAUUUAUAUUUAAGACAAAAGUUUUAAUUAAAAUAAUCUCGAAACAACAAAGUUUAAAUGUUGAACAAAAUGAGCAAUCAAAUCAAAAUAAAAUUAAAAAAAAUGAUCCAUUUAAAAAUAUUACAAAAGCAUUUAUUGCGUUACAAUCAAAUUUUGAAAUACUUUUUGGUGAUGUUGUAGAAAAAGAUUUCUUUCAAAAUGCAAAAGCAGCCGUACAAACUCUUCCAAUAAUAUUGGAUACUAGUAAAACUAUUCGAUUAAUUUUCUGUGCAUUAUAUAAAUUAACUGAACCCGAGCGUCAAGCAGAAGUAGAAGCUAUUCGUCAACGUCGACUAGCACUUGGUACUCAUGAAUCUAGUACAAAACAAAACAAAUCAAUAGCUAGAAGUAUGCCAAUGAAAAGAGAAGAAAAUAUGAAAUUUAAAACAACGAAUAAAAUGUUAAAAAGAAAUCAAUCACAACUCUUAUAUAGUUCCAUGGGUACAAAUACUAGAGCAUCAUCAUUAUCUCCAAAUACAAAAACAGAUAAAUCAGCAAAUCAACUAUAUACUAAAAUAAAAGGAAGAUCAAGAAAAGUACAAGUUCCCAAACAUCAAUCAAAUAUCCGAGAUAAAACAAGCAAGUUGAUUCAAGUCAUCAGCAUAAAUCUCUUUUUAAUUUUAGCUGCAACAUCUAACAAAAAAGAACUAUUACCAUCAUCCUCAUCAUCAGUUAAAACAAGUGUUCAUUCUUCGAAGCAUUCCCUACAAGAACAAAAACAAAACAAAAGUUCUCAUCGAAAAAUGAAAAUUCCAAAAAGCACAAAGAAUAAGAAUGCAUCGGCUACACACUCUGCUUCAUCGAAGCUCCAUAAUGAAAGCACGAAUAAUGAUAAUAACAUCGGAAUAAAAAUUCAAAGUUCAAAUCAAACUCCAAUAAUGAACGAAAAAAACGUUGGCUGGACAACAUGGUUACAUAAUGCAAAGCUUAGUCUUACUUCUAUUUUACAAUCAAGCCAAACUAAUAAACGUAUGAGAAAUAUUCAAUGCAGGCAAAUAAAAGAUUUGUUCCGAUUAGAUGUAAGCCUAUCAAAACCAUUGCUAACAACAUGGGCUUCGCUGGAUCGAAUAUCAAAGCUUUAA